CCGGCAUCUACGCCUCAGCCAUUUUGCACAUUUAGUUUGGGUCUGACGUUACAACCAGCGCCAUGGCUCUACAGAAAAGAACUAUUAAAAUAAUCGUUAUUACUGUGAUUACAUUACUUAUUAUUGGAGCUUUUCUGGGGAUCCUGCUGGGUCUCUUGUUACGAUCUGAUAAAGUUGUGUUGGAGGUAUGGCCGCGGGGAGCCGACGGGUCCAAGGAGCCAAAGAUCACGUAUAAAGUCAGCGAUAAUAGCACGUUUCUGCCGUGGGUACGCCGGAUCAAUGAUACUCUUAGUGAAUACAAUAAGAUACGCAUAGGAAGCAACGCCGGUAAACUUGUCAAGUGUGAUUACAACUCGAAGCUAAGCAAAGACCAGGUGUGCGACGUGGAUAUUAACCAGUUCUUCCCGUGCACUGCCGCUAACAAGUACAAUUACCAGAACGGCAAGCCCUGCGUCUUCUUGAAAUUUAAUAAGGUCCCAAACUGGAAGCCAAACCUGUACAACACCACGGACAGCCUGCCUGCAUCCAUGCCCAAUGACUUGAAGCAGGCCAUCAAACCAAAGUCCGGCCAACCCGAUAUGAACGAGGUGUGGGUGUCCUGCGAGGGUGUCUCCGAAGCUGACAAGAACAACAUUGGAUCCAUGCAGUACAUCCCGAGCCCUGCCCACGGCUUCCCGUCGUACUACUUCCCUUACACGAAGCAGGAGGCCUAUCUCAGUCCGCUGGUCGUCGUGAUGUUCGAAAACCCUACUUUGGACACGGCCAUCAACGUGCUGUGUAAGGCGUGGGCGAAGAACAUCGUCGAGGGCAGCGAGCAGGUCUCGGCCCGCUUCCAGCUGAAGGUGGACACCUAGAUGCAGAACACCAAAGAAGGGAGUCGCCAUAGUUGUCGAACGUAAGGCCGUGGCUCGU